AUGGACGACAGUCAUUGUCAGACGUAUAAACGUGUGGUAACACAAUUCGAUGUUGUUAGAGCAUCAGAUAUAAUGAUACUAAAUAAAUACGAAAAUUUAACAAUAAUUUGGUUUAGUGAUAAUAUUGAUGCUGAAAUACGACAGACAUUAGAACAAUUACAUCAACAUAUUAUUUUAUGUUAUAACUACCAAGAAUUAACAGAUUCAAUAAACGAAAUUCAAAAUCAUAAAAUUAUUUUAAUUGUAUCCGGUCAAAACUCACGAGAAACAUUAACAAAAUAUCAUCAAAAUUCAAAAGUUGAUUCAUUUUACAUAUUUUGUAUGAAUAGUCAAUUUUAUCAAGACCUAGUUCACGAUAAAAAAUACUCAAAAUUAAUUGGAAUUUAUACGGAAUACGCACAAUUAUUUGCCAUGUUAGAAAGAGAAUUACGUUCUGUACUACGACAUCUCUCAAUAUUUAAAAUAUUUGAACAAAAUAAUAAAUCAUUAAGAGAUUUAGACAAUGAAUCUGUUGAUUAUUCAUUUUAUCAAACACUUCGUGAUAUAUUAUUGCAUGCAGAUAUACCAACUCGAAACGCGAAACAAGAAAUGAUUGACUACUGUCGUUCUUAUUAUCAUCGUGAUGAUGUUAGUUUAAAGCAAAUCGAUGCAUUUUUUCAAUCAUACAAAUCAACAGAAGCCGUUCAAUGGUAUACGAAAAACUUUUUCCCAUUUAAUUUUGUCAACAAAGCGUUGAGAACAGAAGAUGUUGAUGCUCUGUUCAAUUUAAGAUAUUUUAUUAUUGAUUUGUGUAAACAAUUACAAUCACUAUUCAAUGAAAACUGGGAACUUUAUCAAGAAAUUUAUGAUACAUUUAAUGUUUAUCGUGGCUUAACCUUAUCGCAGAAUGAUAUUGAUGUACUGAAAAAUUUAAUAGGAAAAUGCGUGUCAACUAAUGGUUUUUUAUCAACAAGUCAAUCACAUCAAGUAGCGCAAUUAUUUGGCGAAAAUGUAUUAUUCGAAAUUAAAGUUGAUACAGAAUUACGCAAUAUUGUUUUUGCUAAUAUAGCACACCUCAGUAUGAUGCCAGAUGAGGAAGAAGUUUUAUUUGAUUUGGGUACAUUGUUUCAAAUAACAAAUGUUGAAUACAACGAAAAUGAUAACAAAUGGAUUGUAUCGAUGAUAGGUAUAAGUGACACUAAAUAUAGAGAAAAUCCUCGUAUUAAUGAUCUUCAAAAAUACGCACAACUGCUAUCAGAUGGUCAAACAGCGUGA